AUGCGGGCCGUGCUGUGCCUCUGGCUGGUGGCCCUGGUGGCGCGGGUGGCCGUGUCCUCGCGGGUCCGCACCCGCCGGGAGCUGGGCCCCGGUCUGUACCAGCACGGCGUCUACGACGCGGGCGGCUCCUACUGCCAGCGAGGGGACGUGUGCUGCCACGGCCGCGACGACGGCUGCACCGUGCCCUACCACGACACGCUGUGCUACUGCGACCUCUUCUGCAACCGCACCGUGUCCGACUGCUGCCCCGACUUCUGGGAAUACUGCCUGGGAAUCCCGGCGCCCUUCCCCAAAGCCCCAGGCUGUGCCCGUGCUGGACACAAUUACCCCACAGGAGCCACGUACCGGGAGAACUGCAACCUGUGCACCUGCGGGCCCGGCGGGCAGUGGCAGUGCGAGGACCACGCCUGCCUGAUGGAUGGGGAGCUCAUCGAUGCCAUCAACAGGGGCAAUUACGGCUGGAGAGCCACCAACUACAGCCAGUUCUGGGGGAUGACCCUGGAGGACGGGAUCCGGCACCGCCUGGGCACCUUCCGUCCCUCUGCCACCGUCAUGAACAUGAACGAGAUGCACAUGAACAUGGACUCCAACGAGGUGCUGCCGCGCCACUUCGAUGCCGCCGAGAAGUGGCCCGGGAUGAUCCACGAGCCCCUGGACCAGGGGAACUGCGCCGGCUCCUGGGCCUUCUCCACGGCUGCCGUGGCCUCGGACCGCAUCUCCAUCCACUCCAUGGGCCACAUGACCCCCGCGCUGUCGCCCCAAAACCUCCUGUCCUGUGACACCCGAAACCAGCGUGGCUGCAGCGGGGGGCGCCUGGACGGAGCCUGGUGGUACCUGCGCAGGAGGGGCGUGGUGACAGACGAGUGCUACCCGUUCACGAGCCAGCAGAGCCAGCCCGCGGCGCCGCCCUGCAUGAUGCACAGCCGCUCCACGGGCCGGGGCAAGCGACAGGCGACAGCGCGCUGCCCCAACCCCCGGAGCCACGCCAACGACAUCUACCAGUCCACGCCCGCCUACCGCCUCUCCUCCAGCGAGAAGGAGAUCAUGAAGGAGCUCAUGGAGAACGGCCCCGUGCAAGCCAUCCUGGAGGUGCACGAGGAUUUCUUCAUGUACAAGAGCGGGAUCUAUCGGCACACACCCGUGGCCAAGGAGAAGGGGGCCAAGCACCAGAGGCACGGGACCCACUCGGUGAAAAUCACGGGGUGGGGAGAGGAGCAGCUGCCUGAUGGCCAGACCCAAAAAUACUGGACGGCGGCCAACUCAUGGGGCACGGCGUGGGGCGAGGGCGGCCACUUUCGCAUCGCCCGCGGCGUCAACGAGUGCGAGGUGGAGACCUUCGUGGUGGGGGUUUGGGGCCGCGUCAGCAUGGAGGACAUGCCCCACAAGUGAGCCCCGCGA